AUGGCUGACGUGAGCUAUCCCGACACAAAUGGCCACAGCGCUCUCGCAAAGGGCCCCAUUGCCGAUAACAUCAAGUCCGAGGCGUCCCGCACUGGUCAAGAAUUCCGCGAAUUGAGGAACACUAGCCCUUCAUCUACCACUGCGACCGGCCAACCCUUGACCUACUACCACUCGCUGCUGUACAGCCUUUUGAGCUGGGAGCAACCCCGAGCUACGGCCAUCUCCUUCGCGAGUGUUGUCACAUUCAUCUUCGCCGCCCGUUACCUUCCUCUCCUCCGUUGGUUCUUCAAGUUCAUCUAUGUGGUUCUGGGGUUCACCGCUAUUGUCGAGGUCGGUGGCAGACUUGCUCUGUCACAGAGCGUCGUGAGCUCAUUCCGGCCUCGCAAAUACUACACCGUGCCCAAGGAAACCAUCGAGGCUGUUUUGGAGGACCUUGAGCAGCUCAUCGACUUUGUCCUCAUUGAGUUCCAGCGUGUUCUGUUCGCCGAGAACAUUGUCCACACCAUUGCAUCCUUCUUUGCCGCUUUCACCGCCUACUGGUUGAUCAAGUUCCUUCCAUUCUGGGGACUGUCCUUGAUUGCGGUCACCAUCGCGUACAUGGGACCCUUGGUCUACAUCAACAACCGUGAAGUCAUCGAUGCCCACAUUGAGCACGCGCAGGAAGUUGUCAACAGCCAGGCUCACCAGCUAAAGGAUCUUGCCGAAGAGCGCACUGCCCAUGCCACGGGUGUUGUGAGGCAGUAUGUUGGUGACUACAGCGCCAAGGCCCAGGGAUACAUGCGUCGCUCUGCCACCCCCGAGAUGGCUAGGGCACCCGCCCCCGUUAUCAAGAAGGAGCCUGAGGCCGAGCCCGAAAUCAAGACGACUGACUUCCCGGAGGCACCUAAGGAGGAACCCGUGGCCGCCCAGGAGCCCGUGGUGGAGACGAUCGAACAGCCUGCUGAGCAGGUGAAGUCGGAGCCUCUUCUGGCAGCUUAG